GCUCCUGAAAUAUUGAUUAAAACUUUUGUGACAUCCUGUAUACAUUAUUUUAUAACGAUUAUCGCUGUUUGAUUGGAUAAGAAAAAUUUUGUCCGGAUAUUGUCGUCCAGGAUAAUGCACAGAAUUCACAUGAAAUAUAUCUGUAAAUUGUAGCUACUUUUUAUUGGUUAUAAUUUUCACUUGUGUGAAAUAACUCGUAGGACGUGUAUCUUAUUUAUGAUGUAUCUUUGUUACAUACGUGUGUGUUUUACUAACUAUAGUACAAGUGACAAAUUAGUGUGGAUUAAAUCUAUAAGAGACGAAUUAUUAACUUGAAAGGUUGCAAACUAACCGUCACAACGGGGAUCGAACAGUCAGCCAUGUCCGUCUCUCAGAUGGAGAAGAAUUUGUUCAACUUAAAGUUCGCUGUAAAGGAAUUAGAAAGAAAUUCCAAAAAAUGCGAGAAAGAAGAGAAAAUAGAAAAGGCCAAGGUAAAAAAAGCUAUACAGAAGGGAAAUAUGGAAGGAGCAAGAAUACACGCUGAAAAUGCAAUUAGACAAAAAAAUCAAGCUUUAAAUUAUUUACGUAUGAGUGCUAGAGUUGAUGCUGUUGCAAGUAGGGUACAAACAGCGUUGACUACUAGAAAGGUUACACAAUCUAUGGCUGGUGUAGUCAAAGCAAUGGAUGCUGCAAUGAAGUCAAUGAAUUUGGAAAAGAUAUCAGGUUUAAUGGACAAAUUUGAAAGUCAAUUUGAAGAUUUGGAUGUUCAAAGUUCAUAUAUGGAAAAUGCUAUGUCGCAAACAACAACAACAAAUGUACCACAAAAUGAUGUUGAUACAUUAAUGCAACAAGUAGCAGAUGAAGCUGGUCUUGAAUUAAACAUGGAACUGCCACCUGGACAACUAGGAAGUAUUGGUACUUCUACAGCUGUAAGUCAAGAACAGGACGAACUUACACAACGGUUGGCACGCUUAAGAGAAUAAUAUCAACUUCUUUGUGUAAUAAAAAUGUUAUAUAUCUACAGCUUAAAUGAAACAGAUACUUCUAAAAUUGAUCUUAGUAUUCUGUAUUUUAAUAGUGUUAUACCAAAUGUUAGUUACAUUGUGAAAUACAUGUAGAUAUCUAAAAUAAUAUUAACCUCAUUUCUAAUACACAAGUAAAUGCCAGUGUAACUAACAGUUAUUAUCUAUUAUAAUUUAGGUAUUUGUAUAUUAUAUAUAUUUAUAUGUUGAUAACAUUUUUAUUACAUAAAAUCAAUUUUGGCAAUAUAAUUUUAGUACAUUUUGGUUCAAUUUAUAAGCUUAUGCUUACAGUUAAUAUACUCUUUAUAUCUUAAAGUCAGGGAAUUGUUUAAUAUUUUUUUGGUAUAAAACAUUAAAAAACUUAAUUCAUUUAUACAAUUAUGAAAAACGGAAAACCUAAAUAAUGCGUGCCUUUUUGCAAUAAUAAAAUUCACAACUUAAGAUGAACAAGAUUUAUAUUAGAUCACUUUAAAAUUCCAAAAAAACAAGCGUAACGAAAUUUUUAUUAUAUUUGAUAAUAUCUGUUUUUAGUAUUAUAAUACUUAUUAUUAUUAAUAGGUAUAUAGGAAAUUAAAUUAGAUAAUAUAUACUUUUUUAUUCUUAUUAAUUUUUUAUAUAUAUCAAUAGCCCAAUUAAUUAACAUGCAAAAGAAUAUUUGUUAAAGCACAACAAUAAUUAUAGAAUAUUUAUAUAUUACAUACAUAUGUAAAUAAAAUGCUAUUUCUGUUAUGCUUAUAAAUGCUUGUUUCACAAGUUGCUACUCUUUUUUAUGAACUUUUUAAUCAAUGACAUUAAUUGCAUAAAAUUUAAGUACAAUUUAAAAUUACUUUUUCAAUUAUUACAAAAAAAAAAGAAAGAAAGAAAAAAAUAUUUAAUAUUUCAUUAUAAAAAUGAAGAUAAUCUUAAACUCUUGCUUUAGCUUAUAUAAAAAAUUCAUGUAUGUACUUGUGUAAUUAUUUAUAAAACAUGUAAUAUAUUACUGACUAUAAAAAACAAACCAUAAAGAAAAUUUCAAUAUAAUAUUAAGAAAAACCUUAUCUUGAAAUAUAAUAUAUUAUUUUUAAAGAUCAUUGUAGUAAUUAUGUUAUAUCAAUAAUUAUGUUAUAUCAUCACAAGAAUAUAAUUUCUUAAUUUCCAUUUGAAAAUUUUUUUAUCCAAAGUGUAUCAUAAGGUACAGCUUGUUCUAAAGUAAUUUUUUUUUCUUGAUGUAAUUCUAAGAAAGAGGAUUUUUUUUAACAAUACUUUUUAUCUUAAAAAUACUUUGUAUUUAUAGAAUGAAAAUUUACCUAAAAGUAGUAAAUAACAACAUGCUGCAUCAGUUUUACUAUAUUGACCAGGUGGAAUAACAUCAAUGAACCGAAUUAAUUCUCUAUCAUGCCAAAGAACUUCUAAGAGUGCAAGCAAAUCUAAUUUUGUUAGCAAACAUGACUGAGAGAGUUUAAUAGUUUCCUGACUAAAAAGAGAAAAUAAAUAAAUAAUCAUAAAUUGUUUUUAAAAACUAUAGCAUUAUAAUAACAGUAUUAAUUAAUUAUAUAUAAACUUAAUUAUACUGUAAUUAUAUAUAGUUAAUCAUAUAUAUGAUGUUCACUAUAUUUAUAUAAAAAAUAAAAAUACAUUUUAUAAAUGAUA